AUGGCGAAAGGUGGAAAAAGGACGAAAUUGCAGCACGAGGCUGGCGACUCGCCAGCUUCGCAUCAGUACCAACCUGGCGACUCGCCAGGUCCUUCGCCCAGAAUUGCCGAGAGCAGCUGGCGACUCGCCAGCUUCACCGUACAACGAACCUGGCGACCCGCCAGUUUGCUACCGCUGCAUGGUGCACCUCCCAAGUUUGCUCAAUUGUAUAUUUAUGACACGGAUAAUGAGAUCAAUCAUAGAAUGGAGUCCGUGAGGGAGGGAAAUAUUGUUAAUGAUCUUCACUCUGAGAUUGUAUGUGACUUACAAUUUAUGUUGAAUGAGUAUAAUGUGUUGGUAAAGUCAUUCCGUUUGGCUAAAGAAAUGAUCAAUCAACAAAAUCCAUCAAAUGUGAAAUUGAGGUUGCUUGGUAAAAGAGGUAGGGAUGGAAGGACUUAUAACCUACCUUCUGUUUCUGAGGUAGCCAUGCUUGUGGUUGGAGAUUUUGACCACGCAUUAGGUGAUAGAGACAUUAUUGUUGAAAAACAGUCAGGGAAGCUACAACGCAUUAAUGAACUUCAUCCUUCUUAUCUUGCAUUGCAAUAUCCGUUGUUGUUCCCUUAUGGGGAUGGUUAUACAGAAUUCAUAGGUUUUUCUGAUUCUUCUACUUCCUCAUUGACUAAUAGAAAGAGAGUUAGCCCUAAAGAUUUUUUUUCGUACCGCAUGCAUGAUAGAGUUGCUGAGUGUUCUAUUAUUUUGUAUGCGAAGCUAUUGUUUCAACAAUUUAUUGUGGACGCAUACACUAUGAUUGAAUCUGGACGAUUGACGUUUGUUCGAACGCAACAAAAGAAAUUGCGCGCUGAAAUUUAUAGCGGGUUGGAGGAGGCCGUUCUACGUGGUGAAACUGAUAGUUCCAGACAUGGAAAACGAGUUAUCUUGCCUUCCAGUUUUGUUGGUGGUGCCCGGUAUAUGAUUCAGAAUUACCAAGAUGCGAUGGCUAUAUUUAUUUACACCAUUGAGUUUCAGAAACGUGGAUUGCCCCAUGCACAUAUUUUGUUUUUUUUAAGCAAUGAGGAUAAACAACCUCAUCCUCGACGCAUUAAUGAAAUUAUAUCUGCUGAAAUUCCUGAUCCAUUGAUUGAUCCUUAUUAUUAUGAGUGCGUCAAAGAGCUUGUGAUGCAUGGUCCAUGUGGUGUUGUUCGAAAAUCAUCCCCUUGCAUGCGUGAUGGACGUUGCACUAAGUAUUAUCCCAAGAAAUUUGUUGCUGAUACAAUCUUUGAUGAUGAUGGUUAUCCCAUUUAUAGGCGUAGAGAUAAUGGUCUGGUUGUGUUGAAGGAUGGUGUUUCUUUGGAUAACAGAUAUGUUGUUCCUCACAAUCAUUUUCUCCUUAUGAAAUAUGGUGGCCAUAUUAAUGUUGAGUGGUGCAAUCAGUCCCUGUCAAUCAAGUAUUUGUUCAAAUAUGUACAUAAAGGUUAUGAUAGGGUGACGACAUCUUUUUUCCAAUCUGGAGUUGAUGGUGUUGAAAAAAAUCUAGAUGAAGUAAGUUUGUAUUAUGAUUGUAGUUAUGUAUCAUCUUGUGAAGCUGCUUGGAGAAUUUUUGGGUUUGAGAUUCAAUACAAGGAUCCUUCAGUUGAACGGUUGAGUUUUCAUCUUCCUAAUGAACAACAUAUCAUUUUUUAUGAAGCCGAUUCAUUGGAUAAUGUCCCGAAUCGUAGGAAAAUUCAUGAGAGUAAGUUCUUAGGUUGGAUGGAGGCAAAUAUGAUAUAUUCUGAAGGGAGAAAUUUGACAUAUGGCGAAUUUCCGACCAAGUUUGUGUGGAAGAAGGAUCAUUGGCAACCUAGAAAACAACGUUAUUUGAUUGGGAGGUUGUUUUAUGUUGCUCCUGGUUCUGGUGAUAUGUAUUACUUGAGAUGUUUGUUGAAUGUCAUUAAGGGAGCUACAUGCUAUGAGGAUCUUAGAUUUGUUAAUGGUGUUCAGUAUGAUACAUUUAGAGAUGCAUGCUUCACUUUAGGAUUGUUGGAUGAUGAUAAAGAGUAUAUUGAUGAAAUUGUUGAGGCUUCUUUUUGGUCAUCUGCCCAUUCACUAAGAUUGUUGUUUGUAAGUCUGUUGUCAUCAGAAUCUGUUUCUCGACCGGAUGUUGUAUGGCAAAAGUGUUGGAAACAUUUAUCCAAUGAUGUUGUUUAUAACCAAAGAAUAUUAAGGAAUCAACCAUGUUUGGUGCUGAGUGAUGAUGAAAUUCAGAAUUUUGUGUUGGCGGAUAUUGAGAAAUUGUUAAUGAAUGUUGGUAAAAGUUUGCGUGAUUACCAUGGUAUGCCGUAUCCAGAAUCGCAGUAUUUUGAAACAUCUCAAAAUACAUUGAUCAGCGAUGAGUUGUGUUAUGAUCGUGAAGCUUUAGGAAGAGAACACUUGGAAUUUCUUUCAAAGUUCACGGAUGAGCAACUUCAUGUUCAUGAUACGAUAAUGUCGUCUGUGAAUUCAACUGAAGGAAGAAUGUUUUUUGUUUAUGGUUAUGGAGGUACUGGAAAAACAUUCAUCUGGAGGUCUUUGUCAGCAGGGAUUCGUUCGAAGGGAGGUAUUGUGUUAAAUGUGGCUUCCAGUGGCAUAGCCUCUUUAUUGUUACCUGGAGGUAGAACAGCUCACUCACGCUUUAAGAUUCCUAUCAAUGUUAAUGAAGAUUCUAUGUGCAAUAUAAAACAAGGUACGGAUCUUGCCGAGCUUAUUAUAAGAUCGAAACUUAUCAUUAUCAUAUGGGAUGAAGCUCCGAUGAUUCAUAAACAUUGCAUAGAAGCCGUUGAUAGGACUUUUAGAGAUAUUCUUCGUGUAUUUAGUGAGUCCGGUAUGGACAAACCGUUUGGUGGAAAAACUAUAGUUUUUGGUGGUGAUUUUAGACAAAUAUUACCUGUUGUUCCUAAAGGGAGUCGACAGAAUAUUGUGAAUGGCACCAUUAACUCUUCAUAUCUUUGGAGUAAUUGUACAGUGUUGAGGUUGACCAGAAACAUGAGACUGUUGAGUGUCGAAUCUUCUGUUGAAGCUUCUAAGUUGAAGGAGUUUUCAUCUUGGGUUGCUUCUAUAGGUGAUGGAGUUGUUGGUGGUCCGAAUGAUGGUGAAGUCGUAAUUGAUCUUCCCUCUGACAUUGUACUGUCUAAUACUGGAGAUCCUCUUAAAACCAUUGUUGAGAACAUAUAUCCUUCUUAUAUGGAUCCUGAAGAGUUGAGCAAUUGUUUGCAUGAUCGUGCUAUACUUGCUCCCACGCUUGAUGUUGUUGAUGAGGUUAACCAGUUCAUGAUUUCGAUGGAUCAGUCUCAAGGUCGGGUAUAUUUGAGCUCUGAUAGCAUUUCAAAUUCAGAUUCCACAUCGAAUGGUUUUGUUGAGAUACAUUCAGUUGAAUUUUUGAAUAAUUUGAAGUGUUCAGGUACCCCUAAUCAUGAAUUGAUGUUGAAAGUUGGAACUCCAGUAAUGUUGUUAAGAAAUAUAGAUCAUUCUAAUGGUUUGUGUAAUGGCACCAGAUUGAUAAUCACCCGGUUAGGUGAUUAUGUUUUGGAGGCCCGUGUCUUGGGGGGGCAUAAUAUUGGUCAUAAAGUUUUGAUUCCGCGAAUGUCAUUGAUACCGUCUAAUCCAAGGCUACCUUUCAGAUUCCAACGACGCCAAUUUCCUUUGGCUGUAUCAUAUGCAAUGACCAUUAACAAAAGUCAAGGCCAAUCUUUGUCCCAUGUUGGAUUAUUUUUGAAAAACCGGUCUUUAGUCAUGGACAACUUUAUGUUGCUAUAUCUAGAGUCAUAA